UUAGCUUCGUUAGAAUGGCAGAUGCUACGCCUCCUGCCCCGUAUUGGUUCCUCCCAGUGAACCUCAGGCCCGACGACGCGAACCCUAUAUGGAUGAACAAGGGAGAUAACGCGUGGCAGCUAACCGCGGCCACUAUGGUGGGUCUCCAGAGCGUUCCAGGCCUGAUCAUACUCUACGGCGGCGCAGUGAAGAAGAAAUGGGCUGUGAACUCGGCUUUCAUGGCGCUCUACGCUUUCGCUUGCGUUCUUGUGUGCUGGGUGUGUUGGGGAUACCAGCUUUCUUUUGGUAAGAAGCUGAUCCCAAUUUGGGGGAGAGUUAAUGUUGCAUUGGAACAGUCGUAUCUCUUUGAGCAUGCCUUCCUGGGGAACUUCCCCAAUGCCACUAUGGUGUAUUUCCAGUUUGUUUUCGCGGCGAUUACGUUGAUCCUCAUUGCGGGUGCUUUGCUGGGGAGGAUGAAUUUCUACGCCUGGAUGCUGUUUGUUCCUCUUUGGUUGACGUUUUCUUAUACGGUUGGAGCCUACACCAUUUGGUCCGUGGAAGGGUGGUUGUCUGUCAAAGGGAUUAUUGAUUAUUCUGGUGGUUAUGUCAUCCAUUUGUCCUCUGGAGUUGCUGGUUUCACUGCUGCUUAUUGGGUUGGUCCUCGGCUGACCAAGGACAGGGAGAGAUUUCCCCCCAACAACAUCCUACUCAUGCUGGCCGGAGCAGGGUUGCUCUGGAUGGGGUGGACGGGUUUCAAUGGAGGAGACCCUUAUGCUGCUAAUAUAGAUGCUUCCUUAGCUGUGAUUAACACCCAUGUUGCUGCUGCCACUAGCUUGCUCACAUGGCUCAUGCUUGAUGUUGUUUUCUUUGGAAAAGCUUCCGUCAUUGGGGCAGUUCAAGGCAUGAUCACUGGACUAGUUGCAAUCACUCCUGCCGCUGGUGUUGUACAAGGAUGGGCAGCCAUAAUCAUAGGACUAUGCUCUGGGUCAAUCCCAUGGUUCACAAUGAUGGUGGUGCACAAGAGAUCAGCCCUCCUGCAGAAAGUUGAUGACACCAUGGCAGUAUUCCACACCCAUGCCAUUGCUGGCAGCCUAGGAGGGAUCCUCACCGGCCUCUUCGCUAAUCCCUACUUGUGUUAUCUCUUCUACAGCGCUGAAAAGAAAUAUAUAGGGCUGUUCUAUGGACUACACUACGGAAAAGCUCACAACGGAUUCAGACAGAUAGGAAUUCAGCUCCUGGGAAUUAUGUUUGUGGUUGUACUCAACGUUGUGGUCACUAGUUUGGUGUGUCUUUUGGUGAAGCUCAUUGUUCCAUUAAGGAUGUCGGAGGAGGAUAUGGAGAUUGGGGACGAGGCUGCCCAUGGCGAGGAAGCGUAUGCCAUUUGGGGACAAGGCGACAGGCUUGAGAAAUCUGCAGGGCUUUCAGCUUACAAUAAUGAUAAGGGUCAGGUUGAAAUGGUAUAG